ACGGAGCCCUUGACCCGCUUUUCUUCUUCUUCGCCUCGCACGCUGGCAGCUUUCAGUAACUGCUUUCCGUCAUGGCGGCUCGUGUCCUGCAGCAGUGUGUCCGCUCCUUUGCUCAGCCCUCGUUGAGGCUUUGCUCCAGUAACCUCGCAUUAAGAGUCACUGCCGUCCAGGCGGUGGCCGUCCACCGACCUCUCUCCUUCGCAGCAGACAGCCGGAGGACGCGGUGGCUCGUCCAGAGCCGGAUCCCCUCGGUGGGUGUGCUGUGCCGACAGUACGGAGACCUGCCCCCCCUCACUCUAGAAACCAUCAAAGAACGAGUCAUGUAUGUACUCAAGCUCUACGACAAGAUCAACCCAGAGAAGCUGCAGACGAGCUCUCACUUCAUGAAAGAUUUGGGUUUGGACAGCUUGGACCAGGUGGAGAUCAUCAUGGCCAUGGAAGAUGAGUUUGGCUUUGAGAUCCCAGAUGCAGAAGCAGAGAAGUUGAUGACUCCUGAGGAGAUCGUACAGUACAUCGCAGACAAGAAAGACGUUUAUGAGUAAUAUGCUCUGUAGCACACCAGAGGGUCACCUCCACCCACCCAACAGGAAGUUCUCGUGAAGCAGAUGAGCACCAAACAGUUUCCUACUUCAACUCUUGUGUCCAUUAUGGCGACGUUGGCUUCAGCUGUCUCGUGUUUGACUGUAUUUAAAUGAACAUGUUCAGGAGAGCUUGGAGAUAAAAAAAAAAAUUAAUAUUAAACAAGAUUAUAUCACUGGUUUGCUUUGUUCUCAUUUCAGCUCCGCCCUGUGGUCCCAUGUACAAUUUGUCAUUAAUAGAUCAAUAAAGACACAUUGUACACUU